AUGAGUUAUUACGGCAGCUACUACGGGGGCCUGGGCUAUGGCUGUGGAGGCUUCGGUGGCCUGGGCUAUGGCUAUGGCUGUGGAUGUGGCAGCUUCCGCAAACAGGGUUAUGGCUGUAGCUAUGGAGGCUACGGAUAUGGCUCUGGCUUUGGAGGCUACGGAUAUGGCUGCUGCCGCCCAUCAUACCAUGGAGGAUAUGGAUUCUCUGGCUCUUAUUAAAUGAAUUGCUGAAAUUGGAAGCAGAGGAGAAACCUCCCAAUGUGUUUGGUCCUGUCCUGUGCUUUCAUUCCAGAAAAUCCAUUCUAUUGUCUUCACCAUCAAUGGACAGAUAUUUAUCAAUGGUUAAGCUGCUUCUAUGAAUAUUAGUUGUUUUUUUACUUUCAGAAUCCGUCAUCUGAAAUCCUAUUCAUGUAUAGCCACUCUAGUUUGUUCUCCUAAAUUUGCUUUGUUUUUCUUACCACCAUUACCAUCAUGUUAUCUUUCUAUCAAGAUCCUAGCAAAAACUUGUAUUUUGCUUUUAUCUAAUACAUGAAUUAAAGUAUAAAUAUUUU